AUGGAACUUGGAAUAGAACUAAAACAAAAAAUGAGCGACUCAGACAGUGACUUGGACUUUAAACCAAAGAAGACUUCUUCGAAAAAGUUUGAUCUUAGUGAUAGCGACGACGACCUCCUUUCAGGAAAACCCGCUGCUAAGAAACCAGCUUCAAAAAAGAUCGACUUAAGUGAUUCAGAUGAUGACGACUUGGAUAUUAAACCAACUAAAAAGGCGUCAGCGAAAAAAAUUAAUCUGUCAGACUCAGACGACGACUUGGAUAUUAAACCAAAGAAAACAGCGUCUAAAAAAAUUGAUUUGAGUGAUAGUGACGAUGACGAUCUCUUGGAUACUAAACCAACAAAGAAAGCAGCAGCAAAGAAAAUGGAUUUAAGUGACUCAGACAGUGAUGAUGAUUUGGAUAUCAAGCCAAAAAAGACAGCAACAAAAAAAAUUAGUUUGUCAGACAGUGACGACGAUGACUUGUUAGAUAAGAAACCUGCUGCUAAAGCACCGUCAAAAAAACUCGAUUUGAGUGACUCUGAUGAUGACCUUGAUUUGAAACCAAAGAAGACUGCGACUAAAAAAAUCGACUUAUCAGACAGUGACGAUGAUGAUUUGUUAGAUAAGAAACCAACAAAAAAAGCAGUUGCUAAAAAAGACUCACUAGAUUUGUCAGAUAGUGAUGACGAUAUCAAACCAGCUAAAAAGACAGCCACAAAGAAGAUCAGUUUGUCUGAUUCCGAUGACGAUGAUCUGUUAGAUAAGAAACCAGCAGCUAAGACCGCAGCGAAGAAAGACUCAUUAGACUUAUCCGAUAGCGACGAUGAUAUAAAACCGGCUAAAAAAACCGCUGCCAAGAAAAUUGACUUGUCCGAUUCUGAUGACGAUGACUUGUUAGACAAAAAACCUGCUGCGAAAGCACCAGCGAAGAAAGUUGAUCUAAGUGAUAGCGACGAUGACUUGGAUGUCAAACCAAAGAAGACGGCUGCCAAGAAAAUUGACCUGUCAGACAGUGAUGAUGAUGACGAUUUGUUGGACAAAAAACCAGCCAAGAAAGCAGCGACAAAAAAGAUGGAUUUAAGUGACUCCGAUGAUGACUUGUCACCAAAAAAACCUGCUGCUAAGAAAGACUCUUUAGACCUUAGCGACAGUGAUGACGAUAUUAAACCAGCAAAAAAGGCUACUGCCAAAAAAGUCGACUUAUCAGACAGCGAUGACGAUGACUUACUUGACAAGAAACCAGCAGCUAAGGCCCCAGCUAAAAAGGAUUCAUUAGACUUGUCAGAUAGUGAUGAUGAUAUAAAACCAGCUAAAAAGACAGCCACAAAAAAAAUUGACUUGUCUGACUCCGACGAUGACAAUUUAUCUCCGAAAAAGCCAGCAGCUAAGACUGCAGCAAAAAAAGACUCACUAGACUUAUCCGAUAGUGAUGAUGAUAUUAAACCAAAGAAGGCGGCUCCAAAGAAAAUUGACUUGUCUGAUUCCGAUGAUGACGACGUACCAACCAAAAAAACGGACACGAAGACUGCAGCCAAAAAAGAUUCGCUUGAUAGCGACAAUGAUCUUUCGGACGACGACUUAGCAGACAUCAUGAAAAAGAAGAAAGAGCGUAAUGCGAAGAACGACAAAGACAAAAAGGACUUAGCGGCCGCCGAUGACGCAAAAGCAAAGGCGUUUGCUGCUUUGAACCGUAAAGUAUCCGAAGAGUCCGACGACGAAGUUGAUAACAAAAAAGACGCGAAAGCAACCAAAAUCGACUCUGACGACGAAGAAGAGAAAAUGCGUAAAGAAGAGGAAGAGGAGAGAAAAGCGGAAGAACGUGACGAGCAACUUAAGAAGGAAGCUGCGGCCAAAGAAGCUGAGCGACAGAAGAAAUUAGAGAAUGAAGACCCUGCAAUGAAGAGACAUAAUGAGCGUGAAGAUCGACUUAAGGCGAUUCAAUCUGCUCGAGAGAAGGCGAGAAAGGAUAUGGAAGAACGAAGAAGACAGAUGGAGGAGGACAGAAUGCGUAAACAAAAAGAACGUCUUGACGCGAGAAAACAGCGAGAAUUGGAUGAUCUUAAGAGGCAAGAGGCUGAGCGAAAGCGCCGAGACGAAGAGGAGAAAAAGCGGAAGGAAGAGGAAGAAAAUGAUCAAAAGAAGAAGAUGGAGAGAAUUAAAAAGAGAGCGGAGGCGGACUUAGAAGAACGAAAGAAGGAAUUUACCGAGACGAUGGCUGGUGAAGAUCCAAUGGAAGUCAUGAAGAGAAGAACAGCAGAAAGAAAGGCUGAGAGAGAAAAAGCUAAACAAGACAGAGAAGCUAAACGUAAAGCCGAACAAGAGAAGAAAGCAGCUCAACGUAAAGAAUGGGCAAAGAAGGAAGCAGCCGAACAAAAAGCGUUUGAAGAGUCUUUGAUGACGCCUGAAGAAAAGAAGAAGAGACAACAAGACGAAGAACGAGCUAAGAGAGAGAGUGAACGUAUAGCGGCAAAGAAGGCUGCUGUCCUUUAA